AUGAAAAGCACUAUCAUUCAGUCGAUUUUCUGCCUAUCAUUGUUAGGUUUUGCAGUUUCCAAGAACGUUUUUGAUUUUGGAAGAAUAACUUUGAAUAAAGAAAGCGGUGAGUUAAGAAGAGUCGUCGAGUUACACGGUACUAAAAGGUUACCAUUAGGUUUAGACAAAAUGGUGGUAACGAAUAUUUUGGAAAAUGAAGCUAGGAAUCUCCAGGAAGCAAAUAAUAAUAACCCUCAACUGGCACCCAGAGCUGCACCUGGUACUAGUAUCACUAAUAGCCUGACUUUACAUGAUACUCUACAAAUUAUACCCGAGAUUUCAAUAUUUGCUGAAUAUAUCCGUGAUAUUGAACCUCUAAAUGAGCAACUAAAAGACACUGAAGGAAACCUUCUAAUUUUUGCUCCUACUGAUGACGCUGUCAAAGCUUUGGAUUAUAAGCCAUGGGAACAUCCUAGGAACAUUCAUGAAUUGGAAUCGCUGGGGGCUAGUGAAGAAGCAAUACACUCUGCAAUUAAUGAAAAUAAAUCUAGAUUUGUUCUAUCCCACGUAGUCUCUAACGACAAUAGUUUUUCUGCUACUGAUACAGAAGGUGAGGUUAAGUUAAAGAGUGAUUUUUCGGCAAGCGAGGUAGAUAGUGCUGACAUUUUGUUGAAAAAGGAAGGUGAUGACUACUUCGUUGCUCCUGCCUCAAAUAAGGAAUAUGUACGGGUAUCGGACAUAAGUGUUGCGGCAAAUGGUCUUGUUUUGGUACUAGAUUCCUGCUUGACAUUUUAG